GUGACGUCUGGUGUUUUUGUGAUUGUUGCGCAAGACUUGAAAAGUACCGUGAGUUUGUUUAUCUCCUAUAUUGAAAACAGAUUGACCCGUCUUCAAUUUGAUCGAUUAUUAACGUUUACAAAUACCUUAAGUUGUAUUACAAAAGUACUUUGAAAUGUUUUGGCAAAGUUUAGAGGUCAUUUUUUAGAUAUUUUGUUGUGACUUUGCGCAAAUUGAACGCUGUUUCUUUCUGGUACAACGGCGCCAAAUAAAUGGACAAUUUGGAUAUAUAUGGACGGAAUUAAUCGAACAAAAGGACCAUUUGUGAUAUUUAUGGGACAUAUUGGAGUGCCAACAAAAGAAUCUCGUCAAAGAUGCCAGAGAUAGCCAGCCACACCAUGGAGGAGGAAGUGGAGACCUUUGCCUUCCAGGCUGAGAUCGCCCAGCUGAUGUCCCUGAUCAUCAACACCUUCUACUCCAACAAAGAGAUCUUCCUUAGGGAGCUCAUCUCCAACUCCUCAGAUGCUUUGGACAAGAUCAGAUACGAGAGCUUGACAGACCCCACCAAAUUGGAUUCCUGCAAGGACCUGAAGAUCGAGGUCACCCCUGACCUGCGCACUCGCACCCUGACCCUGGUUGACACUGGCAUCGGCAUGACCAAGGCUGACCUGAUAAAUAACCUUGGAACCAUCGCCAAGUCUGGCACCAAGGCCUUCAUGGAGGCCCUGCAGGCUGGAGCUGACAUCUCUAUGAUCGGGCAGUUCGGUGUGGGUUUCUACUCCGCCUACCUGGUGGCUGAGAGGGUGACUGUCAUCACCAAGCACAAUGAUGAUGAGCAGUACAUCUGGGAGUCUGCAGCUGGUGGCUCCUUCACUGUCAAAGUUGACACUGGUGAGUCCAUUGGCCGUGGCACCAGAGUGAUCCUGCACAUGAAGGAGGACCAGUUUGAAUACUGUGAGGAGAAGCGCGUCAAGGAGGUUGUGAAGAAGCACUCCCAGUUCAUUGGCUACCCCAUCACACUCUAUGUGGAGAAGUCUAGAGAGAAGGAGGUGGACCUUGAGGAGGGAGAAAAGGAUGAGGAGGCUGAUAAAGAUGCUGCAGCUGAGGACAAAGACAAGCCCAAGAUCGAGGACGUCGGCUCUGAUGAGGAUGAGGACACCAAGGACAGCAAGAACAAGAGGAAGAAGAAGGUCAAGGAGAAAUACAUCGACGCAGAGGAGCUGAACAAGACCAAGCCUAUCUGGACCCGUAACCCUGAUGACAUCACCAAUGAGGAAUACGGAGAGUUCUACAAGAGUCUGACCAACGACUGGGAGGACCACCUGGCUAUCAAGCACUUCUCAGUGGAGGGCCAGCUGGAGUUCCGCGCUCUGCUCUUUGUGCCCAGGAGGGCUUCCUUCGACCUCUUUGAGAACAAGAAGAAGAAAAACAACAUCAAGCUGUAUGUGCGCAGGGUCUUCAUCAUGGACAACUGUGACGAGCUGAUGCCAGAGUAUCUCAACUUCAUCAAGGGUGUGGUGGACUCUGAGGAUCUCCCCCUGAACAUCUCCAGAGAGAUGCUGCAGCAGAGCAAAAUCCUCAAGGUGAUCCGCAAGAACCUGGUUAAGAAGUGUAUCGAGCUUUUCAUCGAGCUCUCAGAGGAUAAAAAUAAUUACAAGAAGUUCUACGAGCAGUUCUCUAAGAACAUCAAGCUGGGAAUCCAUGAGGACUCUCAGAACCGCAAGAAAUUGUCAGACAUGCUGCGCUACUACACCUCCAACUCCGGUGAUGAAAUGGUUUCCCUGAAGGACUACGUUUCCCGCAUGAAGGACACCCAGAAACACAUCUACUACAUCACUGGUGAGACCAAGGAACAGGUCGCCAACUCUUCCUUUGUGGAGCGCCUCCGCAAGGCCGGCCUGGAGGUGAUCUACAUGAUUGAGCCCAUUGAUGAGUACUGUGUCCAGCAGCUGAAGGAGUACGAUGGCAAGAACCUGGUCUCUGUGACCAAGGAAAGUCUGGAGCUGCCUGAGGAUGAGGACAUGAAGAAGAAACAGGAGGAGCUGAAUUCUAAAUUUGAGAACCUCUGCAAGAUCAUGAAGGACAUCCUGGACAAGAAAAUUGAGAAGGUUUCAGUGUCCAACCGCCUGGUCUCCUCCCCCUGCUGCAUUGUGACCAGCACCUACGGGUGGACAGCCAACAUGGAGAGGAUCAUGAAAUCUCAAGCUCUCAGAGACAACUCCACCAUGGGCUACAUGACAGCCAAAAAGCACCUGGAGAUCAACCCAACCCACCCUAUUGUCGAGACCCUGAGAGAGAAAGCUGAGGCCGACAAGAACGACAAAGCCGUGAAGGACCUGGUCAUCUUGCUGUUCGAGACUGCUCUGAUGUCUUCUGGAUUCACACUGGACGACCCUCAGACCCACGCAAACCGCAUCUACAGGAUGAUCAAGCUUGGCCUGGGCAUCGAUGAUGAUGACUCAGCAGUGGAGGACAUCCUCCAGCCCAGUGAGGAUGACAUGCCUGUCCUGGAGGGAGAUGAUGACACCUCUAGAAUGGAGGAAGUUGACUAAAGAUAUUACAGAAGUACAUUUUAUUUCUCCCUUUUAACUCUUUAUUUUGUAAGUACAUUUUUUCGUGUCCCAAAUAGACUUUCCAAUUGACAUUUUCCAUGACUGUCAAGCUGUGGGGAAAGUAUUGAAUUUAAUCAAUCAUAAUUAAUCAAGACCAUAAUCAUAUAGUAUACCGGCUGCCUAUUCACAUAGUAUAUAGUAUACCCUAUUCAACUGUACUUUAAUAAUAGGCUAUUUAAUGUCAAGUCAACAGGGAUUUGACUUGUCUUUUUGUAACUGUGAGCUAUUUUCUAUGAAAAACGACAAGAUUUAUAAUAAAGAUUUAUUUAGAAACAUA